CAGGCUAGCUUGACGGGUCGGUUUUUUGGGUUUUUACCGUUUCCUUCUUUGCGCACUCAUCGCUGUUUCAGCUAUCUCCCUCGUCCUUGUGUACGCAUAUCAUAUGACGAUUUGUCUGAGACCUCCAAUCUUGUAAUGAUUGCCUUCGACUUAACGCCGAUGCAGCAGCCGAGAAGCAGUCCACUCUGGAACUUGCUUUUUCUGCUCGGUUUACUGCUCUUUGUGGAAGUCAUGGUUUCAGGUCACCAAGUUUUUGAAUCGGAACAUUAUUCGAUGGUUGUGAGCGCAUGGCCCUUCCUUGAGGCUGUCAGAGCUGCAUGGAGGUUGGUUGAUGGUGGGUCUUCAGCUGUGGAUGCUGUCGUAGGUGGUUGCUCAGUUUGUGAGGAACUAAGGUGUGAUGGAACUGUGGGUCCUGGUGGAAGUCCAGAUGAGAAUGGAGAAACUACAAUUGAUGCUAUGGUCAUGGAUGGGUUGACUAUGGAAGUAGGAGCAGUUGCUGCCAUGAGAUAUGUCAAGGAUGGAAUCAAGGCUGCAAGAUUAGUAAUGCAACAUACCAAACACACUUUGCUUGCAGGAGAGAAAGCCUCAGAAUUUGCCAUUUCAAUGGGACUUCCAGGACCUACAAACCUUAGUUCGACAGAAUCUAUAAAUAAGUGGGGCAAAUGGAAAGAUGAUAAAUGUCAACCAAAUUUUAGGAAAAAUGUUCUACCUAUAAAUAACUGUGGUCCAUAUCAUCCUACAAAUUCUUUGGAACUUUCAGAGGAGAUAUGCUCCAAUACUGCUCAUAUGCAAGAUAUUAAUUCAUUAUUACCUCAUGUUGGUCUUCACAGCCAUGAUACAAUAUCAAUGGCUGUUAUUGAUAAGAUGGGGCGUGUUGCUGUUGGCACAUCAACCAAUGGGGCAACCUUCAAGAUUCCUGGAAGGGUAGGAGAUGGUCCCAUUGUUGGAUCCUCAGCAUAUGCUGACAAUGAAGUUGGUGCAUGUUGUGCAACUGGAGAUGGUGACGUCAUGAUGCGCUUCCUUCCAUGUUAUCAAGUUGUUGAAAGUAUGAGGCUUGGAAUGGAGCCUAAAAGUGCAGCGCAGGAUGCAAUAGCACGGAUAGCGAGGAGAUUCCCGGACUUUGUGGGAGCCGUUGUUGCUGUAAACAAGAAGGGGGAGCAUGCUGGUGCGUGUCAUGGAUGGACAUUUACUUACUCUGUAAGAACCUUAGCAAUGGAAGAUGUGGAAGUCUUCACUGUGCUGCCCUGAAACAGGCUCUUUUGUGGGAAUUGGAUUUUAUUUGUCGUGUUCCAGAAAAUUGUUGGCAUGUUAUAACUAAACCACAUAGUGCAGGCCUUUAGGAGGAUUAAAAUUGCAUGUUGUGAAGAGAAAUCUUGCUUGGAAGGGCCAAAAAUUUCGACUUCAUAAAAAACUAUUUUUGGUGAUGCCAACUGGUCUCCAAAAGUUAUGUAACUGCUAAGCCCCAAUUAUUCUUGAUCAAGUCAGAUUAGACAAUAGAGAUAUAAAAGUUUUGGAAUAUGAUUUCUCUCAGCAA